AGCCCACCCCAAGGAGGACUGAGAUCACCCUCGGCAAGCCCCAGGAGCCGGGUCUCCGGAGGGUGGAGGCGCCAGCAUCAAAGAUCCCUGAGAUGCCCCAGCGGAGAGCUGAGACAGCCAGCGCUCCUGUGCCCGACACGGCCACCAAGCGCGUGGAAAUUCAGGUAGCGAAGGCUGCCGAGGUCCCAGCCCCACCGGCGCGGCAAGUGGAGAGCUCGGAGCCUCCCCUGGCCACCCAGCCUCCCCAGGCAGAGCCAAAGCCGCAGCCGGCGCUGAUGGAGAGCCCACCAAAGAGAGAAGAAGGUCCAGAGGCAGUUCCCAGCCACGCACCCAGCAUGACGGACGUUCCACGGGAUGCCGGCCCCAAGCAGCCGGCGCCGACGCGGCUGGAGAAACCGGCUGCGGACUUUGGCUACGUGGGGAUAGACGCCAUCCUCGAGCAGAUGAGACGGAAAGCCAUGAAGCAGGGGUUUGAGUUCAACAUCAUGGUUGUGGGUCAGAGCGGCUUGGGGAAAUCCACGUUAAUCAACACCCUCUUCAAAUCCAAAAUCAGCCGGAAAUCUGUGCAGCCGACUUCUGAAGAGCGGAUCCCCAAGACCAUUGAAAUCAAAUCCAUCACUCACGAGAUUGAAGAGAAGGGGGUUCGCAUGAAGCUGACGGUCAUCGACACCCCGGGCUUUGGAGACCACAUCAACAACGAGAAUUGCUGGCAGCCCAUCAUGAAGUUCAUCAACGACCAAUACGAGAAGUACCUGCAGGAGGAAAUCAACAUUAACCGGAAGAAGCGGAUCCCCGACACGCGGGUGCACUGCUGUAUAUACUUCAUCCCAGCCACUGGCCACUCGCUCCGACCGCUAGACAUCGAGUUCAUGAAACGCCUGAGCAAAGUGGUCAACAUCGUCCCCGUGAUUGCAAAAGCCGACACGUUAACGCUGGAGGAGAGGGACUACUUCAAACAAAGGAUAAUGGCCGAUCUUCUUGCCAAUGGGAUCGACGUGUAUCCUCAGAAGGAGUUUGAUGAAGACUCUGAAGAUCGGCUAGUGAAUGAGAAAUUCAGGGAAAUGAUCCCGUUUGCAGUGGUGGGCAGUGACCAGGAGUACCAGGUUAAUGGAAGAAGAAUCCUUGGAAGGAAGACCAAGUGGGGCACCAUUGAAGUGGAGAACACGACACACUGUGAGUUCGCCUACCUGCGGGACCUCCUCAUCAGGACGCACAUGCAGAACAUAAAGGAUAUUACCAGCAACAUCCACUUCGAAGCCUACAGGGUCAAGAGGCUGAACGAGGGCCAGAGCUCGCUCUCCAACGGCGUGACCGACAAAGAGCUGGUGGCUAACGAAAUGUAACCGUCUCGCUCUGUAGCCAGGACCUUGCUCGCUCACGCUCGCUAUUUCUCCCCUCUUCCCCCUUUAUUUUUAUAUAAAUCCUCUGCCACUGUCCCUCUUCCCACCCCGCAACCCCCUGCCAAUGUUAACUGACCAAAUAACCAGACGCCGUCUCUGUCGUGCAGAGCGGGGCGACCGCUCAUCCCCCCUGCUUUGUGGCACGGGUUUUCUUCUCAGCCCCCGGUCCAGCAUCCCUGGGCUGGGGACUGUCCCCCCGUGGAGGUCGGGCUCUCUCUGGCCCCCAGCGCUGGCCCGACAGCCGAGCUCGGGGGAGCAGAUCCGUGGGGCCGGCGGGAUUGGGGUGCCCCCAGGAGCCCUGCCUGCCCUUCCGUGCAGAGGCUCUUCUCCGUCCGUUGAAGGCAAGGGUUUCUCCAGGUGAAUGUAGCCUUCGGCAGCAAGGUACGGUGGUAUGAAGAGAGAAAGAUGGUGCCAUCCUUGUCUCCUGCCGCCUCCUCUGAGCCCUCUGCAGCCCUCCGGGACCCGCCAGCCCCCAACCCAAUCCCUCUACCCUGCCUACAUGCAAUAAACUGGGAGUGUUUAGGUGUCACCUCGCCUGUCACCGACCCCCGGCCAGGCAGAGCGACCUGCUUUGGGAGAAGUGCCUUUUCAGACUGUUACCUUGCAAUAGCGUGGGAGAGGGGAGGGAGGGCUUGCCUUGUCUGUAUUUGCAGCCUGCAAAAGGCCUGCGACACUUUGUAGAGACUCCUUUUCCCUCUCCCUUGGACCAUAGAUGUGGCUGAUGUCCUGGGAACACUUGCAUAUUUAUUUUUCAUUCAGUUGGGUGGGUUUUUUUCCACUGAAGGCUCGGAGUUUGUUUGUCCAAAGGGGGCUGAGAGUGGAACGUCUCUGCAAAGCGGUGGUGGGAGGCGGAGGGUUGUCCUGUCUGACCCUUGUGAUUCUCGGGCUUUUCCCUACGUCAGAGGAGGCUGUUGGGUAUUUUUUAAUUAUUUUUUUUAUUUUUUGGAUCCCCUGUGUGACGUGUGUACAUGUAACAUGCUCCUCUGUUUUGCUAGUCCUUGUGCAAGGGGACUGUGCAUGUGCGGACCGAGCCCUGCAGCCGUGGGGAGGGCUGGGGUGGCGUUUGCGGGUGCUGCGUCCCAUGGCCCCCCCUGCUCUGCCCCCCUGCGCCUCCUCUUUCAAUGAGUCUCCAGUAAAUAACACCCUGCAAGGGGGUCGGUUAAAUAAC